UAAAAGGGAAAGGACACAAGUCUAAAACCAUUCAAGCUCGAAAACUCAAAAAAACCAGCAAAAUGUACAAGGCCGUAGCGCUCUUCUGUGCGUCUGCCCUCAUCCAGACCAUCUCUGCCCAAUGCAUUGGCGCGGGAUACGGAUUGGCUGGCGCAUGGCCGGCUACCACAUUGGCCACCCCAUUGGUCGCUCCAUGCGAGACCAUCGCUCCAAUUGGCUUAUACGGCGGUUUGGGACCCGCGGCACUCGCCGCGUCCAACGGAGCAGGCUUAGUUGUGACCAGCCGCUCUCCCAUCGCCCCAACAGGAGUGUCCAUGACUUCAGAGAACUGCUACGAAGGUCCGCUGGCUGUGACUGGAGCUAUCCCGUUCUUGGGCGCGGUUGCUUUGGAAGGCGCGCUGCCAACUUUGGGUGGUGGCGCAGUCAACUAUGGCUGCGGGAAUGGUGACGUGGCCAUUCUCAGCGAGGACUUCGCGGGGCCCUAUGCCCUCGGACCUUAUAACGCUGGACCCUACAGCUUUGCUGGACCUUACGGCUAUGAUGGUCUUGGUUACGGCUACGCUGGUCGUGGACCUUAUGGCAUUGGCUGCGGUGGACCGUUUUUGUAAAAUGUAGGUUUUUUUAGUAAAUAAAUUUUUAAUUUUUUUG